CAGUGUGAACUCUAGCUCGUCAAUGUCAAGGUCAGAAUAGAACAGACCGAAUAAUUCUCUGAUCUUCUUUGUACGUCAAGCCUAGUCAGUCUUCAGAUCCCUCUCUUAACGUUCUGUGUCAACCCUGGAGCACACUCGUUGUGCGUGCUAAAUUACGACCAGGUAACAUGUUUGUGAUUGAGAUGAAUGUAGUAGAUGGCUGUCAUGUAAAGCUUUAUAUUAGUACUAACUUUGCUAAUGAGUAAACCUCUAAAUGUUGUUUAAUAGAUUUGUUUUUGUUUUUUUUAAAUUUUGUUAACACAGUUUCGAGGAUUUUUAUUUGACUUUUAGAUAAUAAAAUACAUUUUGUCAAUAGGCGUAUGUCUAAGAAAAGGACUUAAUAAUUUAUUGAGAAUUUCCCUGGGACCGUAUCUUGUUGAAAAUAUUGCCUUAUCCUUUCUUUGUCGAUAUGGAGUUUCCCAAGUCCUUACUUAUUUAAUUUUUGUGUAUAUUGUAGAUUUUGUGUUUUUAGCCAGUGCUCUUAUCUUUAUGUGUUGAAGAGCUCCCCGGCCAUGUUUUUGUUCGUAAAAAGUUAUAAACUUUACAACACUAAUUGUUUGUGAGAUACCGGCUUAAGCCAAAAACUUGAAUUUCCGAUUCUAAAAUUACGUUAAAAAGUGGAUAAAAGAAACGACGUGCGUCAUUUAGAACAAAUAGCACCGGAAAAAUCGGUUGCUAUUUUUAGAGACACGUCAUAUACAUUAAAUAGCUUCAAGGCUGCCCUGGCAUCAGCUAGGAGCUGUUACUGUGUUACAGUGUUAGACUAGCAACAUCAUUACCCCAACCGUUGCACAGAUGCCAGAAUAUGGAUGCAGCAACGAACACUACCAGAACCAGAAGUAAUUCAUUCGUUUCCCAUAAUUUAAUAAAUUGUUAAAAGGUUUCGUAAAUAUUUAUUAUAGUAAAACGACAUCUAAAGCGCCUCGAAUUCGAUUGUAACGGCAUAGUAUACAUAUUUAUAUAUUUCUUUUUACUAGUAUGUAUUGGAUCUCUUUUUUGUCACCCACAGUUUCCAAAUUUCAAGAAUUUUUGACCAACACAGUACCGAAUUUUAUACUUCAUACAGUUAAUAAGAGGACAAAAGGAGAUCCAGGUACACUCUGAGAUAUAAGUAAAUCAUCUACAGAUUAGCUUGCAAAGUAAAGUAGUGAUUUUAAGAAAUCUUUUCUAGAUAGGUCGAAACACUUUAAAAUUCUUUACAUAGUUUAGGGAUUUAGGCUAUCCUAUGUGUUUCAAGUAGCCUUAACGCGCGUGUUCAGUAGUUUAACCAAAUAAAUGAGUUUAAAUUAUAAGUUUUAACGCUUGCGCGUGUUCAGAAACACUGUCACCCUGAAAUGUGUUUAUUCAAUCUCAAACAAAUUCACUUCCACUCAAAGCUAAUUAUGGACAUUGUACAUAUAGCAUUUUGAUAAAAAGAUAUUUAUCCAAUUAUCGAACUGUUUACAAUAAUAUCAUAGCAAUAAUUAUUUUUUAUUGGCCAUUAAUAUAAACGCGUGUUUUUAGUUGGAUAUCAUUCUGACUAAAUGCCAAAACAUUAAACAUCAAGUCAUUGAACACAUGAUUGUGUCCUUCCCUCUCUCUCUCUCUCUACGUUAAUGAACCUUGUUUUAGUUUGACAGUUUUGAAGAUGUUUGCCAUGGGGAGAUCUCCUCGCCUUUCUGGAAUCAGCAUAUUGGUGUUGCUCUUCGCCCUGCCAUCGUUGGCCUCAAGUAAGUCUUACUUAAACUGAAGUGGUGUGGAUACGUCGAGCAAUAGAGAGAACGCAAACAAUGCGUUAGUCCAUCGUGUUAUCUGAGAGGUUUUAUUUAGUUAUGACUUUAAGACAUGAUUUAUGGAUUUUAAAAAAAAACACACACAAAAAAAAACAUGAUUUAUGUUCUCGUUUAUAGCUGAUGGCUCCCCAAAAACUGACUGCCCGAGAGGAUGGUUCGGACCAAACUGCCAAUACUUAUGCCACUGUGACCCCUCUGAUACAUGUGGUAGAGAUGGUGCGUGUCCGAAGUGUGAGAAGGGGUGGUUUGGACCAGCUUGCCAAUACGGUAAUAGAGUCUAAAGUCCCUAGGGAAACCUAUACAGCUUUUGAAAGGGGAUUUUGCAAAUAUAUAUAUAUAUAUAAAUAUAUUAUUCAUUUACCUGUACCCCCACCAUUAUUUCCCUUUAAUGUCAUCACAGAUACAUUGCUCAGCAUAAAAAUGUGUCGUUGAACAUUACCUGAGCUUUUAACCAAGUAUAAAAAUUUUUCCAUUGUCUAUUAAGCUAGCAAUAAGAUCAAUGUUGCUUAAUGCCAAAGAUAUAGACGGAUGGAUACUUACUAUUAACAAAACGAAGGCUGUCUUGAUAACCCUGUCACUAUGUUAAGGGUUUUAUAAAUUUGUGAUUUUGUCUAUAUUGAAUAGCUCUCUUUCCUUUAAUUUUUGUUGUUCCAAAUCCAAUAUUGGAGCUCUUUUAUUAUUUUUAAAGACAUAUAUUAUUAAUUAACUAUCUACAAUGUUUAUGUCAGUGUCAGACAAUGAAUAUAUUUUAUUUUAUUUUGACAUUACAAUUGAUUUCUUUCUUUUUAUAACUUGUAAAAUAAAAAAUAGGACAUAAAGUAACUUAAAUUGCAUUAUCAUUUCUUUUCAAAUUUGUUUACCAAAAAUGUAUAUUUAAAACAGUUAUGCUGUCACACAACUGUACCUCUUGUACCACAUACCACUCUCAAACCCCACUCCAAAAUCUCACUCACACACCUCACUCCCACAGCUUUCUUCACCUAAACUUCGAAAACCCACUCCCACACUACACUCCCACACAAAGCUCCCUCACCCAACUACCACACCACACUCCCACACCACACUCACACACCGCACUCCCAAACACCACUCGCACACCGCACUCUCACACCGCACUCCCAAAUCCAACUCCUACAACCCACUCCCAAACAUCAUUCCCACACCUCACUCCCAAACCCAACUCCUACAACCCACUCCCAAACACCACUCACACACCCCACUCACACACCCCACUCCCACACCACACUCCAAAAAACCAGUCCCACACAUACCUCACUCCCAAACACCACUCCAACGCCUAACUCCAAGCUUCCAUCUCACUCCCACACCCCUCUGCCCACUCCCAGACAUCACUCCCAACUCCCAGACCUCACUCCACACUCCCAGAACUCACUCCCACGCCCCACUCCCACACCAUACUCCCACUCCCCAAUCCCAAGCCCAACUCAAACUUCCCGACUCCCACAGAAAUGGUGAUAACAGAGCCUUGGUGUGGGCCCUCUUUAUGUAUAAGGGCUCCAAAGUUGGGAUAUAAAAAAGAAAAUUAGCAGCAUUACAAUGUAAAGGAUCAACACCAAAAGCCGGGCUGUGCACCCUGAAGUCGCCCGUCGACUCUUGGUGAGAAAGUCAUAGAUUUGUGAAAUUUUCCACAUUUUGAUAUUUUUAGUGCAGUAUGUUUUCCGUAUGUUUUACUAAUGAUGUUUCCGAAUCCUGGACAGUAAUUUAUAAAGAUUUAAUUCUGUUUGAACUCAACUGUAUGCUAGCUUUAUAUUAAGCUGUUAAAUUUUUUUAAAUCCACUGCUGUCCAAUGUUUUACAUUCGUUCAAAUGCACAUUCCGCUUAACACGUUUGCUAUCUUUUCCUACAUUUGCAGUCUUACACAACCUUUGACAUCUUUCAAAACCUUUGCCCUUUUCCGUAACUUUGCCAUCUUUCCCAACCUUUGCCAUCUUUUACAACCUUUGCAAUCUUUCACAACCUUUGUCAUCGUUCACAAACUUUUUAAUCUUUCCCAACAAUUGGCAUCUUUUACAACCUUUGCAAACUUUUCCAACCCUUGCCAUCUUUCACAACCUUUACAAUCUUUCAAAACCUUUACCUUCUUUCAAUCUUUUGCCAUCUUUCACAACCUAUGCAAUCUUUCCCAACAUUUGCAAUAUGUCCCAACACUUGUCAUCUUUUAUAACCUUUGUCAUAUUUCACAACCUUUGUCAUCUUUUACAGCAUUUGUCAUCUUUUACAAACUGUGGCAUCUUUCCCAACCUUUGACAUCUCUCCCAAAACUUUGCCAUCUUUUACAACCUUUACUCUAUUACACAACCUUCACCAUCUUUCACAAACUUUGCCAUCUUUCACAACCUUUGUCAUCUUUCCCAACAUUGGCAAUCUUUCACAACCUUUGUGCUCUUUUAUAGCCUUUGUCAUCCUUUACAUCCUUUGUAAACUUUUACAACCUUUGUCAUCUUUCACAACCUUGACCAUUUUUCCCAGCCUUAGUCAUCUUUUCCAACAUUUAUCAUGUUUUACAACCUUUGCCAUCUUUCACAACUUUUGCCAUCUUUCACAACCUUUGUGAUCUUUUACAGCGUUUGUCAUUUUUUACAACCUUUUUCAUCUUUCCCGAACUUUGCCAUCUUUCCCAAACUUUGCCAUCUUUUACAAAUUUUGCUAACUUUUCCUACCUUCACCUUCUUUCACAACCUUCACCAUCUUUCACAACCUUUGCUACCUUUCCCAAUCUUGUAAUCUUUCACAACCUUCAACAUCUUUCACAACCUUCACUAUCUUUCACAAACUUUGUCAUCUUUCACAAAUUUUGCCAUCUAUCCUAACAUUUUCCAUCUAUCCCAAAAUUUGCCAUCUUUCCAAACCUUUGUCAUCUUUUACAGCAUUUGUCAUCUUUUACAACCUUUGUCAUCUUUUACAAUGUUUUCCAUCUUUCCCAACCUUCACCAUCUUUACCAACCUUUGCCAUCUUUCCAAACCUUUGUCAUCUUUCACAACUUUUGUCAUUAUUCACAACCUUCACCAUCUUUUACAACGUUUACCACCUUUUACAAUCUUUGCUGUCUUUCAUAACCUUUGCAAUCUUUCCCAACCUUCACCAUCUGUCACAACAUUUGUCAUCUUUCACAACUUUUGUCAUAUUUCAUAAACGUUGCCGUCUUUCACAACCUUUGCCACCUUUUACAAUCUUUGCUGUCUUUCCCAACCUUUGCCAUCUUUCACAACCUUUGUCAUCUUCACCAUCUUUCAAUAAUUUUGCAAUCUUUUACAACCUUUGCAUCUUUCCCAACAUUUGUCAUCUUUCAAAACCUUUGCCAUCUUUUACACCCUUUUGCCAUCUUUUACAACCAUGACGUCUUUUACAAACUUUAUCCUCUUUCGCAACCUUUGUCAUCUUUCACAACCUUUGCAACCUUACACAAGCUUUGGCACCUUUUCACAACCGUUGCCCUCAUUUCCGACAUUCACCAUCUUUCCCAACCUUUGCCAAGAGUUUGGUUUAACUUGAAUUGAUGCUUUUAAAAAGUAUAAUUAUACAACAAACAAUGAAACUUUGGGGGGGGGGUCGGCUAUUGAAACACACGUACUGAUUAUCCUUACCAUUGAAAUUUGUACGACACAUAGUAAGUUGAAAUAGUUUAUAAAACUUUUUUUUUCCAGUUGAUCUAUUAAAAACUGGGCAUUUGUCGUCUGCAACGACCGCAACUAACAACUCGACCUUCGAGGAUGGCGCGUGUGGGUCACACAUGCUGUGGCUACACGUCUCGUGGGAUAAUCCAGUCUUCUUCACGUGGUUAAGACUUUCGUUCGGAGACGAGAUUCAAGGUAAGCGAGACACAGUGUAGUCUACAACUUUUAUAUGAGCUUUUGUGUUAGUCUCCGACUUAAAAGUCCCACUUUGUUAUCAGAUUUAUUAUACAUAUAUAUAAUAAAAUACAUUGAUGAGAAUAUGUGUGAUUUAGCGAAAAGUAUGCAGCCUACUAACUUUUUUUUUUUACAUAUCAUAAACUCCUCUCGGAAUAUUCAUCCAAAAACCUCAUAGCCAGCUUUAUUUUGCCUCAAUGCCUUGAAAGUAAACACAAAAUUAUUUUACAUAUUUAAAAUCUAAAGCCUUGUUAGUGAAUAUUUCAUUUAUUAAAGUUAAAUGUUAUGAAAAAAAAUAAAUAAGAUACCUUAUUUUAUCUAGAUAAUAAUUUUAAAAAAACAUUAGAUGAUCAUAAAAUUUAACCCUUUUUAGAGGUACUGUGAAUAUGACGAAAAAUUUAACAUAUUGGAGGCAGAAAUGUUUGAAUAACUUCAUGACAGGAUUGGGUGACAUCAAAAUAACACUGAAAGAAACAAACAACAACGAUGGCACGGGGAAAACAAUGCUGGACUGUACCAACCAGAGGACAGCUCAAGUGGACAGCAAGACGGUGGACAUCUAUUGUGAUGUGGAUCUGGCUGUAAAGCAAGUCAACAUAUCAGGAGCCAAUCUGGCGUCAUCAUCUUUAUGUGCCGUCUAUAUCAGUGGUGGUGAGUAUCAUCUUUAUGUGCCGACUAUAUCAGUAGUGUGGAGUAUCUUCUUUUAACCCACGAACUGUGGCAUGCAUUAUUCUGUGGUGUGGAGCUUUUCGGAGCAAUUUUCAGAACUCCAGCUGUCCCUUUUAAUUGUUUCAUGACUUUGAGUUCUUAAUCCAAGCCUUCACCGCUACAAAUACAAUGAUGCUCAAAUUGAUAUCACUUAAGUCUGUAUUCUGAGACUCUGAUAAAAAAAAAAAUGCUCUUUACAGAAUCAAGAUUAAAUGAAUCCCAAUCGCUGAUGCAGUGAUAUGUUUUGCUUCUAAAUUGGACAUCUGUUUUAAGAAAAAAAUUGUAUGCUUCACCUGAUUGUAUAACAGAUUAUCUAGUUACGACACAUCGGCUGUCAAGCGUUAAAAGAUACUAACCAUUGCAUGUAAUAAACAAAAUAACAAUUGAUAAUGCACCAGAAUAUACCUUAACAUUAAACCCCUGUCAUUGGCGUGCCAUUGCUUUUCUGAAACAAUAGUAAUAACUGAGCUCACUUUCUCUUAGGCCGCAACGUUGCACUGAAACAAAACACGUCACAGUCAAGUAUGUUAGGGAAUUACGCGUCUGACCUUGCGGUUGAUGGAAAUAGGAACAGUAACCUCGACAUGCAUUCGUGUACCCACACCGAUGAUAACGAUCGGAAUCCCAGCUGGAGCUUGAAUUUCACAGCCACGCAAUCGUUACAUCGCUACAUUCUGUAUAACAGAGACGGGUUACAGGGUGAGUUGCUAGUGUUUCAAUGUGGUCAAGAAAAGAUGGAACGUAUGGACAUUGUCAAACUUUUUAUGAAUUAACGUAUGAAUUAGAUACGUUAAUCUAGAUUGAAUUUAUACUAUAAUAUUGCAUUGUUUAACUACAGAGCGACUGAAAGGUUUUACUAUUGAGGCCUUUGACCCAGACGGCCAACGAGUGUUCCAAUACACUGAUACUCUACCAAGCCCGCAACUAAGUUACAACGUGAUUUCCUCGUCUAUCAAGUCAGUGGUCAGCCAGGUGAAAAUAUCAUCGGCUCAGAAAGAUGGUAACGGACACAUCACUCUUUGUGAAGUGGAAAUAUAUGGGGGUAGGCUUGUAUUUUAUGGAUACAUAACGUUUUGUGAAAUGCAAAUAUUUAAAGGUAGGCUUGUAUUUUGUGGAUACAUCACCCUUUGUGAAAUGGAAAUGUCUGAAGGUAGGCUUGUAUUUUGUGGAUAUAUCACUCUUUUUGAAAUGGAAAAAUCUAAAGGUAGGCUUGUAUUUUGUGGAUACAACACUCUUUGUGAAAUGGAAAAAUCUGAAGAUAUGCUUGUAUUUUGUGGAUACAUCACUCUUUGUGAAAUGGAAAGUUCUUGAGGUAGGCUUGUAUUUUGUGGACACAUCAUCUUUUUUUGAAAUGGAAAAAUCUGAAGGUAGGCUUGUAUUUUGUGGACACAUCACUCUUUUUGAAAUGGAAAAAUCUGAAGGUAUGCUUGUAUUUUCUGGACACAUCACUCAUUUUGAAAUGGAAAAAUCUGAAGGUAGGCUUGUAUUUUCAAAAUGUGUGCAUAGGCUGCUUUAUUUAAAUCAUUACAUUUUUCUUAACAGAUGUUAUUCUUGUUGCUUUUUAGAUUUUUUUUUAUUAUUGUUAUUAAUAUUAUUGUUAUUUUUAAUUACAUCAACACUAAUAUGACAAGAUGUGUAAAGCAUAAAUUGUUACUUUAUGACAAAAAGUGUAAAGCAUAAAUUGUUAGCAUAUGACAAGAAGAGUAAAGCAUAAAUUGUUAGCAUAUGACAAGAAGAGUAAAGCAUAAAUUGUUACCGUAUGACAAGAAGUGUAAAGCAUAAGAAAUUGCGGGCGAUGAUGUAAUACAAGAAGUUAAUGUUUUUAGAGGCUACACAGUGUCGUCAGACAGACUUAUAAACAGCUCGUCAGCUAUAUUUAAGGAGUUUUAAAUGUGGCCUCUAAAUUUAGCUGGUGGUUAGUUCCUUAACAUUUUGGCGAGGCUGAUCACGAAAUACAUUAGAAUCAUUGGCAGAGAUUAAGGCCGCAGUGAUGUUAUUGUGACUCAGACUCGGAGACCAAGGCCACAUUAAUGUUAUCGUCUUUCGGACUGACAUUGUCCAGGAGAUUAUCGUUUUAUUUUAAGACGAUUACAAUAAAUAGAAUUAGUAUAGGAAAUGACAAUAAAAUAAGUAUAUCUAUGUUUAAACAUUCUUCAAUGAAUUGCUUUCAAUUUAUUGUAUGCAUGGUUGCAUUGUACUGUAUUCUACAGCCUUGCCAAUAAACUUUCAGCACUGGGUGGUCUAACGAACCUUCGGCCUAAGCAUACAAUUAUAAAAUAAUGUUGUAGAUAUCACCAUUCUUAUACAUUACGCGUUUUUUUUUUAGUGUUUCAGUGUAUCAAAAAUAAAUAUAAGUGUAAUUAAUGUAUAAUGUUUGAUUUUUUACUCUUCUGCUACGUGCUCACUCCACUUAGUGUAAAAUCUGACUACGCCGUUGCCUCUGGCAGCUAGAGUUGUGUUGUUGUGUUUUAAUCGGUAUUGACAGGUUGUAGCUGAUGUAAUAAAGCGGUACGGGUUGGUAUGGUUAGAAGAACUUGUCAACCAUCUGCUUGUUUGGCUGGAAAUCCAAGUUAAGGGAGAAGCCAUUUUUAACUCUCUCGCCUACUAAUGGAAGAAGGCCUCUUGUCGACCCUAUUUGCUAAUUUCUUGCGUCCUUUUGCAUGUUUUACGGUAUUUUGUUACUCUUAUUUCCUUUUAUCGAAUUACAGUCUCCCUCUCUCUUAUUAAAUAAUUAUAAUAUUCUUUAAAACAUACAGAUUCGGUCUGUCCGCACGGCUCCUAUGGACCACAGUGUGAGAAUCAGUGCAACUGUGCUGUGAAGAGUGAACAAUGUUUUGUCAGUAGUGGAGCCUGUCCUUCGGGGUGUCCGUCAGGCUAUCACCAAGUUGGCUGUCAAAAAGGUCAGUUUGCUGUUGACUAGAAAUUGAACUAAUCAAUAUUUCUUUUUCUUUUUUAAUACAGCAAAUCUUUUUAAUAUUAAAAGGUUUUUCAUUUUAUAUAUAUAUUUUUACAAAAUCUCCACGUGUUACGAGAAUGACCAUUAAGACUGUAAAUAAAGCAAAUAAAUAUCUUAUUUCAUUUCAUGUGUGCUGAAUGUUAUCGAAAUUAAAUACUUUGAACAUGAAUACUUUUGAAAAUGUAACUAAUCGCAUACGUUAAUAUGAGCACGUCUAUUCACUGUGUCUGUUCCAGCCUGUGAAAGUGGUAGGUGGGGCAUGAACUGCCUCCAAUCGUGUGACUACCGAUGUAAUGGAAAUCAAUGUAACCCUGCAAACGGUCGAUGUGUCAAUGGAUGCAAGGCUGGCUUUCAAGAACCAAGCUGCACAAAGGGUAACAUUAAUUCAAUUAGUAAUUAGAGCUAAACACCAAAGUCUGAAUUUCUAAGGUUUUUUGAGCGGCCUCGGUCGUUGAUGUUCAGAUUUGCGCGUAGAUUAAAUGUCAUGUGUAAAUCCUUUCUCUUCAACAACAGCUUGUAAAGAUGGGACUUAUGGGACGAACUGUGCCAGUGUGUGUCCGUCAAACUGCAAAGACAUGUCGUGUGACAUUGUCACCGGCAAAUGUCAUCAAUGUCAAGAAGGUUACACGGGUGAUGUUUGUGACAAAGGUAAAUAUAGGUGUGUGCUAUACUUUCAAAAUCGAAGGAUUAGGACAUCCUGGAUACAAGCCCAAAAUAAACUUUAACCAUACUCUUAACAUUACAAGUAAACAUAGCCGUCUGUUUGAGCAUGAGGCUAACACAAGACCAAACAAACCCUAAUAAUACUCUUGAUAUUAUAACAAGUAAACAAAGCUGUAGUAAUGAAUGAGGCUAACACAAGACCAAACAAACCCUAAUAAUACUCUUGAUAUUAUAACAAGUAAACAAAGCUGUAGUAAUGAAUGAGGCUAACACAAGACCAAACAAACCCUAAUAAUACUCUUGAUAUUAUAACAAGUAAACAAAGCUGUAGUAAUGAAUGAGGCUAACACAAGACCAAACUAACCCUAAUAAUACUCUUGAUAUUAUAACAAGUAAACAAAGCUGUAGUAAUGAAUGAGGCUAACACAAGACCAAACUAACCCUAACAAUACGCUUUACAUUACAAGAAGAAAACAAAGCUGUAUUAAGCUGUAUGAGGCUAACACAUAAAUAACACGAAGGUAGAAUAAGAUGUUGGUAAGAGCAUGGAACUUAAGACUUCAACCCAUGCGCAUUAAACUAAAUAUGGGAUAAUAUCUUUUUUCAACUUAUUCGUGAAAAAAUUGAUGUACCACAUAAGCUUUUAAUUUUCAUUGACAACAAUUAUGUAAGCAACAAUAAUCGUUUUUUUCUUCUUUUGAUUGCGCCAUUAAUUAUCAUGCCAUCUUUGAAAACUUUCUAUUUCCAUUAAUGAUCAUGUCAUCACUUUCAACUUUUCCAAUGUGCAGUCUGUGAGUCUGGGAGGUACGGUGAAGACUGCAAUCACAGCUGCAGCAAUCUUUGUUUGAAUCAGCUCUGCCAUCAUGAGAACGGCUCCUGUGUUAGCUGUCCACUAGGGAAGAGAGGUGACCAGUGUGAUGAAGGUGAGACUUGGAUUGUAUAUGUCUUAUGUAUUUGCUUGUUUUAUUUUUAAGGAUGGUUUGAUUGGAAGUAGUGGCGAUGUAAUACUUAUGCUCUUUUGCUUUUACAGGCUGUCCUCCCGGUUGGCACGGGUACAACUGCAACAACCCGUGCAGUGCAACCUGUGAUGGUAAUAAGUCAUGUGAUCCAGCUCAUGGCAACUGCCUGGGUGGUUGUCAAAAGGGAUACCAAGGCGAAACAUGUUCUGAAAGUUGGUCAUUUUGAUUGAUCUUUUUUUUUUUAUUGAUUCCGGAAAUAUCCGUUUGUUAAAACGAUUGUUGGUAUGAUAGACAUUGUCAGAUCAUGUUAAGUCAAAUAAUGUUGCGAUUCUUUUCGAUAAGUAACGCAUACUUAGAUUACUAAAUCUUCCAAGCAUCACAUCAUCCAAGGGACGAAAAAUAUUUAAAUACCACUAUUAUAAUAAAUCCUAGUAUGGCUAUUGCGAAGAGCUAUUUUCAGCCACGGCCACUUUCUCCACCUUGUUUAGGGCUUGAUAAUGACGUCAACGAGUAAACGAGCUGUGGCACUCUUUUCUUGUCCGCUCCUCCCUUGGUUGGGAAAAGGUUUUAUGCGUUCGAAUGCAUUAUUUUUCAUCUAAAGAAUGCCAUUAUUUCAAGCCAAUUACAGAAUUCUUUAAUAGAAUUUUCUGUAUGAAACCUUAAAUGUAUAUAGACCAUUUGAGUUCUUAGCAUGGAAAGAGCGAGACAGAGAAAGGGCGUGUGAGAUAUUUUUGCUUCACGAGAUCUGUGUCUAAAAAAUUAUAUUUGUAUUUCUGAAGAUUAUUUUUUUUGUGUGCUGUUUUGUAGUUUGAUAUAGUUUAUUAUUUCUAUAUUCAAUUUGAAUUUGUAUAACAAUUUUGCUAUUAUAAUUAAAUUGAAUAGUGUUUGUACAACUAGCUUUGGUAUAGUUAUCUUUACCAAAUGUUUCUCUCAGUCCUAUGUUACGUAUUGUUUAUUCUACGAGCCAAAUCUGAAAUCAAAUUAAAUCUUCAAAACCAUAACGGCACGUAACACUACAAAUUGUGUAAUAUUUCAUCAAAUAGUUUUUAUCACAAUAUAUCAGUGUAUCAGGCUAAGACACUAUGUCUUCUCCCAGAAUGCCCAGCCACAACGUAUGGUGUCAAAUGUCUGUCCAACUGCAGCCAGGGCUGUCAGCUCAAAGACGGGCUGGACCCUACGGUGUGUCAUCAUGUCACAGGAAGUUGUCAUUUUGGAUGUAGGUCAGGGUAUGAAGGACCAACAUGUGGGCCAGGUAAUUUUUUUAUUUAUAAUCCCAAAACACAUUCACUUUUUUUUAGCUUAUCUUAUUUUACCUUUUCGUGGACAGGAGCAUUUUUGUAGUUCAACACUUUAUCGACAGUUUGAUUUCUACACAACACACAACAAGCUGUUCAUUGGGAUUCAAUAGAUUCACUUGAUCAAUUCGAAGUCGAAUUAACACUUUACCUCCCAAUAUCUUUAUUUCUUUUUUUUUAACUCUAUGGUAUUUUUUUCUUAGACUUAAGCUACCAGACAUAUGAACAAAAUUGUAGAAAUGAUGUUUAAUGUAAAAAAUGAAUUUUAAGUAUUUUUUUUCUUUAUGUUUUCUGUCAGAAAUUGGACAUUUCUCUCUAGACUUAUAAUAAUAUGAACCGUUCGCUUUAUUUAAAGAUUUCAGCUUCGAUUUUUGUACAAUCACAAUAUUGAGUAUAUCAAUGCACGUACAACUCUAAACGAGAUGAAGACACAGUAUAUCAAAGAAAGUAUAUGUCCCAAAACAUCAAUGUAAUCAUUAUUAAGUUAUUAUAGACACUAUGUGAACACAACGCAUCCAUGGGCUGAGCCAUUUCGUCUUUUAUCAAAGGAUGAUGUGGAAUCAGCCGAAGCAGGUCAAAUCGAAUCUCCAUUAGAAAACCAUCCUUUUAUUUUUUUCUUUCAUAAUGUUUAACGCAUUUUUUGAAAUAUAAUGAUUCUAAUUAAUUUUCGUUAACAUUCAAUAUGUUAAUGUGUUUAAUGUUAUUUUUUAUAUUUUUCCCAGCAGCAGACAAUUACACGAUAUGGGCAAUCGUUGGUACAGUAGUAGUUUUAGCUCUAAUACUUUUACUCGCUUUCUACUUGUGGAAAAGCACAAUUGUUAGAAGUUGGAUUCUAAGCAAGAUGUGUGGCUGGAGUCGUGCCAGAGACAUAGAAAAUCACGAUGAGACAGACAUUCCUUUGUUAGAUGAAGGUAGUUUUUAUUAUAUCAUUUUUAUCACGAUUUCAAGACGCCGGGUUACAACACAUUGAAAUGUAUCAAAUUAUCUCAAAGUUAUAUUUAGUGUGCAGCUGAUAGUAAAACUUCAUUAUGUUAACUUGUAUAAUUAUGGAUUAUUCCUAUUUAUUUCUGUGGGUAAAGAGCUUGUUUGCAGUGCGGAUUUUACAGCACCGGGUCUGCUUCUCUUUAACAACUUCCUUGUAGGACCAUUUAUAUGUUUCUGUUUUAGAAUACAUUCUCAUUCAGUUUAAAUUCCAUGCAUUUGUUGCUUGACUUUGCUUUCAUUUCAGAAAAAGAUCAUUUUGAAAUGGACAACUUUGUCAACGACUCCAACAAGGUGAUCGACAACAAUUUGGGUUUGCACCGUUUUGGUGAAGCGCUGCGGAGACAAUGACAGCAAUUGUGGUGAUGCGUUUUAAUGGAUGGUUGCCAUUUCGCGUGCUUCACUUAUUUGUAUAUGGUUGGUGCUUCACUAAACACGUCAUAUGUGGCGAGCAAAAAAUUAGGUAACCAUUCGGUAUUGAUGCCCUUAGUUGUGACGAAUGAAAAUUGCAUUAUUCAAACAAUGGUUUGAGGAAAGGUGCCCUAAGGCAAUGGGACAUAAAAGUAUUCGCAUUUGGUAUGCAUUUAGUAGGAAUGUACCAAGUAGGAAAGCGUGGGCGUCUACACAAGAGAGAAAGGAAGCUGUUCGUUCCAAACUGAGUGAGGUUGGGGAGGGGAGAUUAAAUCCCCCUUCAUGCAAUUUCAAUUUUUAUGGAUCAGAACGUUAUUUUGGUAAAAAACAAUACCAAUACUAAAUAUUUUCUUAUUAAUUUUUUUUAAGGAAUAAGCGGUGGUUAUAAAGAAUAUAUAUAUAUAUUUAUACAUAUUUGUAUUGAAAUCCAGCCUUCUAAUAUGGGAAGACAAGUAAUUUCGCCGACAGCCUCCCCCCUUUUUUUCCCCACACACAUUCGAUCUAUAUAUGCCAACGAAUUUUAAGAUUUGAAAGCAAAAUAACAAUUACAGACUUGAUUACAUUAUUUUGUUACAUAAUCCCAUGAUUUAAAUUAUUUUUUGAUUAUUAUUACUUAUGAUUUGGUAAUUUAAUUUGUUGUAAAAUCUUAAAUAGUUUGUAAUCAGUAUUAGUAUUGAAUAGUCAACAAUGUUCUAGCAAUUUUGUAAAUGUCAAUUUGUGUAUUACCGGAACUACCUAAUUAAAGAAGCAAUAAGAUGACUGGCUCGACAACGCCGGCCACGGUACAAACUUUACAAAGUCCAAGGCUUACCUGGGUUUGCCUCCGCCACUCAGGUGGGGAUGGGCGCUCUUGUAGGAAUGUACACAGUUCGAAUGUAACCAGUAGGAAUGCAACAAUUUGAAAUUCACCCAGUAAAAAUGUAUUUAUUACAAAAUACAAUUUUAUAAUAGAAUAUUUUUUUUAAUAUUAGAAAGCAUAUAAUAUUUAUAGGGAAAGUUUCACAUCUUGUAUAAGUAAGAAAGCGUAUAUCAAACUACUGCAUUUAUUACUAAUUUAAAAAUGUGAGAAAGACUGAAUGUUUCAUCAAUUAUUUUAACACAAUUCUCACCUCAUUUUGGUUUCGUUACACAUUUCCAUCUCUCAUUGAAGCCUCUUUUAUCUGAACUGUUUGUUGAUAUUAGAUAAUGUGGAAAUUUUUUGGGGGGAAUUCGGCGGUAAGUGAAUCAAUUGAUCAAACAAUGCGAACGCUCUGCCUUUUGGGUUACCGUAGGAGCUACUCUUUGGGUAGUGACCAGGAACCUUUAUUAGCGCCCGAUGGAGAUAGGUCACUAGUUUUGACCAGGACAUCAGCGCAGUGGUCCCUGCUUGCACAAGCCAGGUGUUGCCACAGCACUAAGGUUUAUAGAUGCGGGCGGGGUGGUUGGCGUAUUCCACCAAGGUCAUGGUCGCUUCUUGUGUUUGGUGUUGUUUGGUUGAGAAGGAAUUUUGUUGUGUACUUUAUUGAAAGUUGAAGUAAGAGAUGUCGUAUAGAAGAGUCAGGUCUGUGGUAGAGCCGUGGAAGGACGUGAAAAUGAGAACAAGCAGUUAUUGUAACAAAAGAAACUCUCUCAAGAGUCUUUAACGGAUGUGUGCAAAUAAAGACAAUUAGUUGUCAGACUUGUAUUAUUGUUUAGCAAAGAGUGAGCAGUAAUUGAGUGAGCAGUGACUGAGUGAGCAUUGACUGAGUGAGAUGUGAUAGAGGCAGGCGAUAGUUUGUACAGUAUGAAAGCAAAGAGUGAGAAGUGACACAGUGAGCAGUGACUCAGUGAGCAGUGACCGUGUGAGCAAUGACCGAGUGAGCAGUGACUCAGUGAGCAGUGACUCAGUGAGCAGUGACCAUGUGAGUAGUAACUGAGAGACUUGAGUGAGACCAAAGGGUGUACAGUAUGAAAGCAAGGUCAGGUUUUCUUCUACAAUAUUAGUUAUUGCGCGUAUCAACCCACUUUUGCUACAUUUAUUGUAUUUUUUUAUAAAGAUGUAUGCAUUUUUAAUUAAGAUUAUAAUUAGAAAAACGUAAAAGUCCAAUAACUGCCGUAUAUUUUGUUUGAACAAAUGUAUAGUUUAUUUAUCGAUAUAACUCGAUUCAUAAAACUUUUAAGUUUUUAACAUUCAAAAAAUAUCUUUAAUGGUUUUCAUUAAA